GCCGUUUACCGUAUAAUUAUACGGAAAUCGUAUAAUUUUAAAAUCUCCGUAUAACGUUCCGUAUAAUUCAAUUCCCGUAUAAUUCCCGUAUAAUUUGCCAAAAAUCGCCAAGAAUUGCCGUAUGUUUUUUAAAAUUUCGUAUAAUUAUGAAAAAACUACGGAAAUGAACGGUUUUUUUGAUUUUUCUCCAAUAAAUCAUGCAAAAAUGGACGUUUUUUCGUUUCUUAGACCCAUUUUUUUCAAAAAAUUUUCGCUCUCGCUUCGCUCGAGCAGUAAUUUUACCUUCCCUUUUCUAAAAUUAUCACAUGAAUCACGAAUAUUUUUGAAUCAAGAUCCCUAAGGAUUCCGGAAUACCCCUUUUAAAAUCAAUAAAAUGAGUGUCAAAGUGAAAAUAAAGUACUGAAAAAAAAACCGUAUCUUUUCAGAAUUUCCGUAUCUUUUUUCGUAUAAUUGUGAAAGACCAAAACGGCAGCACUGCCACUGCAAUAAUUAUCCAAAAAUUAUCAAUUUAUCAACAACCAAAUUAAUUUUUCGUUAAUCACAUCAACUUUAUUGAUCAACUGAAAUACAGGGAUGUGGAUACUGUGUAAGCCUUAGAUUAAAGCUUUAUGCAAUAAUUAUUGGACCUUUGAGAACCUUUGUGAUCUCUCUCAUCUUUUAAUUCUGCCUCAUCCUCUGUUUUUCAUUGCUUAUCAUUUAAAAUUUCGACAAAUUGGUCCACUCCAUUUGUGAUUACCUACACGUAAAAAAUACAUCCUCAUAAAAUGGGUAAUUCUAUGGAUUCUGAGAAUACUCCACCAUCAUCAUCCGAUACCCAAACCAACCCUGAAGUAUCUCUGGAAUUGAACGACGAUUGUACAUCACUAUCCCAAGAAGAUCAACAACUUCCUCCUCAAGUACGAAUUCCUGCUAUCGAACCGGAAAAACAAUCGAUUCAAAGCUGUUUACAGUCUCUGGUACACGCUUGCCAAUGUCAAAGUACAACCUGCCAAUUAUCAAGUUGUCAUCGUAUGAAAAGCGUUCUCCUACAUGCCAAGGCUUGUAAACUGAAAGUGAACGGAAAUUGUCCUAUUUGCAAGCAGCUUAUAGCUCUGUGUUUUUAUCACAGCAAGUGUUGUCAAGUUGCAGAAUGCCCUGUGCUUCUAUGUUCGAAUAUCAAACAAAAAAAUAUAGAGCAAGAACAAUCGCAGCAACGCGUACAACAAGCCGGACUACUACCUCAUUGUAUGAAUGCGAUGAAUUCACCUACAACACCAAGUAGUACCGAAUCAGGUGUGUCGUCCAAUUCAGAAACUUCGUCUGCUGGUAGUUCUGGACAGAAAUCGUCAUCGUCUCAAGCACCGUCUAAUGACGGUCUGCAAUUUCAUCAACUAUUAGAGCAACAACUAUGGGAAGCUAUACGCUCAACGAGAUCAAAGCGGGAAAAAGAUAAAGUUUUACAGAUAUUGAAAACGAAUCCCCAAUUGUUGGCGGCGUUCAUCAAACAGAAGCAACAAUCAAACAAUCCCAUAAGUUCUCCAACUACAGCUCUGUCACCGAGCAGUGACGAAACGGCUCGCCAGAAACCACUGUAUGGUCCCACUGAACUUUGUCGUAAUAUGGCAGCGAUGACUUUCACCGAUAGUGAAAACAAGGUGCCUACAUGUUCGAGUACUGAGCAGGAAACGAAGCAAGAAAACCCACAGCUCCUGAUACAACACGAUGAAGCUCAAUUAGAUAAAUCUGAUGAACCAUCUGAAUUCGAAUCGUCGUCUGCAAGUUCGAUAAUCCACGAUAUCCCUCAAAAGGUUACCAAAGAAUGGCAGAAACUCAUAAAUAAUGAAAUAAGGGAACGUUUGGUAAAGAAACUAGUAGGUGCAAUCUUUCCUACGAGCACCGCUCAAGCAGCAGCAGAAUCUGGUAAUGGUGGAUCUGGUGCACCGAAUGAAGCGCAAAAUUCUCCCAGUAACAAUUUAAAUCGUUCGAGAUUGAAUUCACAUAUUGACGGCCGUAUUGUGCAGAAUUUAGAAUGGCAUGCGAGAAAAGUCGAAUGUGAUAUUUACGAAGCAGCGAAUUCCAAAUCUGAAUAUUACCGUUUGCUAGCGGAAAAGUAUUACAAAAUACACCAAGUAUUGGAUGAGCUGCGCCAAAAACGAAAAGAGCAACCAUUGCAGCAGCAGAAACAACUUGAUGGCGAAGGCACUGUGCCUAUUUGUUCGACUAUUGAGCAGAAAUCGAAGCAAGAAAAAUCACAGCUCCGGAAUCCAGAUACCUAACUCGAAAAUUUUAUAGAGAAGACAAAAGUUUGUUCAAAAAAGUUGAUUAACUUUUUUUUAUUUGAUCUCGAUGAUUUCAGCCUUCAGGGUACGAAAAAUUUGAACAUUUUUUUCGCCUCGAAGUACCUACUUACGACUUCCGUGUGUAAUUUUUCGGAGUUAUUACGAUGGUAUUUAUUGUGGGUACAAGAUCCAAGAAAUCUUGAAAAAAGUAUUCUUUAAUGUAUGUACAUUGUACAUACUACAUAUGUAUAACUCGGCUAGACUAAGAUGGUGCUAUUUUUAAUAAAAUGAAAGUACAAACUUGAA